ACUCAUUCUUAUUCCCUAUCAACAAAGCCAAAAAAAAAAUAAGAUCUUAUAUUUUUUGUUACUUGACAAUUGAGAUCAAAUAAUCGCAAUUCAUAUAAAAACACACAUACAAACAUAACACAACCCUUUAAUUAACAAGCAAGCAAAAUGGCAGACACCAACACCGACAGUUCGCUUAGAACAGAGAAGGAUCGAGCACCCAUCAUGUCACAAUCUGCCAGAUCAGGACUUCAGUUUCCUGUAGGUCGUAUCCAUCGUUAUCUUAAAGACAAGAGCAGAAACAACGCUCGUGUAGGUUCAAAGGCAGCCGUUUACACAGCAGCUAUUUUAGAGUACUUGACAGCAGAAGUUUUGGAAUUGGCUGGAAAUGCAACAAAAGAUCUCAAGGUCAAGCGUAUCACACCCCGUCACUUACAGUUGGCCAUUCGAGGCGACGAAGAACUCGACACACUCAUCAAAGCAACUAUCUCUGGCGGUGGUGUCCUUCCUCAUAUCCACAAAUCUCUCAUCGGCAAUACGAAACCCGGAAAGAAGAUGUAAAAAAAAAGACAAAAAACAAAAAAACAUAAUUAUAAAUAUAUAAUAUAUAAUGUAUAUAUA